AUGCUCUCUGCACUCCCCAUCGCCGGCCUUCUUUUCGCUGCCGCCGUUACAGGGGCUUCUUUGCCCGCCACAGCCACCGAUGCACCCAACACUCCUCCGACAUCGUGUGCCUCGGGAGUGCAGAUCUUUGUCGCCCGCGGUUCAUCAGAGAAGAGCCACGAGGGCAGGAUCGCGCCCAUAGACCACACCAUAGCCGAAUCCAUUCCUGGUAGUUCUAUUACGGCCGUCGACUACCCGGCCGACAUAAACGCGGUUAAAUAUUUGUUCAGUGUCAGAAAAGGGGUCACAAGACUUACGAAACUCAUUGAAGAAUACCACAAACACUGUCCACGAGGCAAAAUCGUCUUGGUUGGUUUUUCACAGGGUGCGCAUGUUGUUGGCGACACUCUUUGCGGCGCCAGCAGUUUUCCUAUCCUGAGAACAAAGCCCAUUGAUUCUAUUUAUAAUAAGAAUGUCAUCGCUACGCUUAUGUUUGGUGAUCCAACACGCGCCAAAAACCAGGGUUGGAACGUCGGGACCGUAACCGACCGCGACGGUUAUUUCCCGCGACACAAGAAUACCGCCUGCAGUCCUUAUUCUCAAUCCAUGCGGUCUUGGUGCGACCAAAAAGACCGCUGGUGCGAUAAGCAUGCCCCGGGUGGCACUGACCGCAGUGUUCACAGUACGUACCAAAUCAAGUACAGAAAUGAAGCGAAGGAUUUUGUCCUGAAGCAAUGGAAUCUUAACGUACGGUCCGUGUCCUAG